CCCACUGCCACUCCAUCACCACUUCUGCAAUCGCUCUUAUCCAACGGGCAUUGCUGCAAGGACCGCUUUAAUUUGUCAAUUUCGGCCCGGGUUUCUUUGGGUUUUAGGUUGACAAGGCGUGUUCUUCAAAAAGCUACACCUUGGCUUUUAGAGGUGAACCUUGGUGGUUCCCAUUCGAUCGCCUUGCCCGUGUUGUGCGUCACCAAUUGUUGCCGACCGAUCCUUUCGACCGAUCCUUUCGACCGAUCCUAUACCUCUUAUUUCAUCGACAUCUCGCUCUUCGCUUCCCGUCUAUGCGAAUUGAACAGCCUACAAUCUCCCCCAGAAUCGCUAUAUCUUUCAGCGACUCCCUCCGAUCCUUCUCGCGAUACACAGCGGUCACUGCUAGCUAGUUUCGCGACAACUACCUACUUAUAUCUUACCAACUACAUACAAAUACCGUCCCUACAAGUGCUAUUCGUGUGACCACUCGAUCGCCUUUGCAAGAUGGGUAUUCCGGCGGCUUUUAGGUGGCUGUCCACCAAGUAUCCCAAGAUCAUCUCGCCCGUCGUCGAGGAUCAGCCGAUUACUAUGCCCGAUGGCACCGUCAUUCCUGUUGACGCGACCAAGCCAAACCCCAAUGGCGAGGAGUUUGACAACUUGUAUCUCGACAUGAACGGUAUCGUCCAUCCUUGCUCUCACCCCGAGGACCGCCCCGCGCCCAAGGAUGAGGAAGAGAUGAUGGUCGAGGUUUUCAAGUACACCGAUCGCGUGGUCAAUAUGGUUCGCCCGCGGAAGCUCCUCAUGAUUGCUGUUGAUGGCGUUGCCCCCAGAGCCAAAAUGAACCAGCAACGGUCCAGACGAUUCCGUGCUGCGCGGGAAGCCAUGGAAAAGGAGGAAGACAAGCAAAAGUUCAUCGAGCUGCUCAAGAAGCAGAAUGGCAAGCCCCAACAGGAAGAAUCCGUAGAGACCAUCGUCAAGAAGGCUUUCGAUUCCAACUCCAUCACUCCCGGUACACCCUUCAUGGACAUCCUCGCUGCCAGUCUCCGGUAUUGGUGUUCUUACAAGCUGAAUACCGAUCCUGCCUGGGCCAACAUGAAGGUCAUUAUCUCUGACGCCACCGUUCCGGGUGAGGGUGAACACAAGAUCAUGGAGUUCGUCCGUUCCCAGCGUGGUUCCCCCAACCAUGACCCCAAUACUCGGCAUGUCAUUUACGGACUCGACGCCGAUCUUAUUAUGCUUGGCUUGGCCACGCACGAGCCCCAUUUCCGUGUUCUGCGUGAAGACGUCUUUGCCCAAGAUAGCAGGCCGAGACUGUGCAAGAUCUGUGGCCAAAAGGGACAUGACGCCAUGAACUGCAAGGGUGAGGCAAAGGAGAAGAAUGGCAAGUUCGAUGAGAAGGACGCAGUCGUUCCUCUCAAGCCCUUUAUCUGGCUCCACGUUUCCAUCCUCCGUGAGUACCUUGCUAUUGAACUUGACGUUCCUGGCCUUCCCUUCCAGUUUAACUUGGAGAGGGCCAUCGACGAUUGGGUCUUCAUGUGCUUCUUUGUCGGAAACGAUUUCUUGCCUCACUUGCCUGCGUUGGAGAUCAGGGAGAACGGAAUUGAUACCCUUACGGCCAUUUGGAAAGACAACUUGCCCGUCAUGGGCGGAUAUUUGACCAAAGAUGGCCAUGCGGACCUUGAACGCGUCCAGUACAUCAUGGCCGGCUUGGCCAAGCAAGAGGAUGCCAUUUUCAGGAGGAGAAAGGAAGCCGAAGACCGACGAGAGGCCGGUUUCAAGAGGCGCAAGCUUGCCGACGAGGCCCGACAAAGGAGAGCCCAAGGCAGCAGGCAAAUACGCCAGGCGGCUGAGAACAGUGGCCCGCCAGCUGGAUUUUCCUUUCACAAGAUUAAUGAAUUUCCGGGCAAGGUACCGCAACCUUCAAUCACUCAUGACAUGGUGGUGAACCGCAAGGCGGUUGACCAGGCCAAUGUUGCCAACAAGAGUGCCGCUAGCGUGCUCAAGGAUCAGAUCAAGAGCCUGAUGGCGCAAGGAACGAGCACGCCGGAAACCGGUGCCGAGUCCACUGAGACUCCUGCUGAAACUGCUGCGGCCGCCCCGGCCACCGAAGAGCAAGCUGCUCCCCCCUCAGCCCUGGGCAAGAGAAAGGCUGAGCUUAUCGAAGAUGCUGCUACCGGUCCCGAGGCGAGCAGUUCCGAGGUGACCGAGGUUAGCGAGACUGAUGCUGAGCCUACCGAUUCUGUCAAGUUGUGGGAAGAGGGCUAUGCGGACCGGUACUACGAGCAGAAGUUCAAGGUUGACCGUAAGGACAUUGAGUUCCGUCACAAGGUUGGUCGUGCGUAUGCCGAAGGUCUUGCGUGGGUUUUGGAGUACUAUUUCCAGGGCUGCCCCUCAUGGGAGUGGUUCUACCCCUACCACUACGCGCCGUUCGCUGCGGACUUUGUUGAUCUUGGCAAGAUGGAGAUCAAGUUUGAGAAGGGCAGAAUCUCGCGGCCCUUUGAGCAACUCAUGAGUGUUCUUCCGGCUGCGUCUCGCCACGCUAUCCCCGAGGUGUUUCACCCCUUGAUGACUGAGGAGGACAGUGAGAUCCGCGAUUUCUAUCCCGAAGAAUUCGAGAUUGACCUCAACGGCAAGAAGAUGGCUUGGCAGGGUGUAGCCCUUCUUCCGUUUAUCGACAUGCCCCGUCUAUUGUCUGCCAUGGAGACCAAAACCCAUCUCUUGAGCCCAGAAGAUCAACUCCGGAACGCACCGGGCAAGGACUAUUUACUCUUGUCUGAUUCUCACCCAACACUCUAUGAACACAUCACGAUCCAGUUCUACUCCAAGAAGCAGGGCACGACCAAGUUCGAGCUGGAUCCCACAAAGAGUGCUGGCCUCUCGGGUUCGGUCGAGAAGAUUGACGGCUACGUGCCUCACGGCUCGCUGGUUUACCCGUUGAGCAGAAACUCAAUGCCCGACGUGGAUUACGAUCGGUCACUCAUGGCCUACUACUUCUUCCCUGAUUGCUCUCAUACGCACAAGUCGAUGCUCCUUAGGGGGGUACAGAUGCCAACACCCGCUUUGACUCGAAGCGAUAUUGACAUCCUGAAGGGCAAGGCAUCACGCUCGGGACGAAGCUAUGGAGGUGUACCACUGAGCAACAAGAGCUAUAGUGGAAGGAAUGAGCCCAUCAACUAUGGACCUGGCGGUGGUCAGCAGGGAGGACGCGGCCGCGGCGGUUACCAAGGUGGAGGAGGACGCGGUGGAGGCAGGGGAGGAGGAUAUGGAGGAAACGGCGGCGGCUACCAAGGUAAUGGUGGCGGUUAUUACAACGGCGGUAACAACAGCGGCGGAUACGGUGGUCAACCACGGGACUCGUAUGGCCCUCCACCCGGCUGGCAGCCUCCUCCGCCCCCCGGACUUGCCGGAUUCGGAGUUGGACCUCCUCCGCCUCCGCCUGGUGCCGCCUAUGGCGGUGCUCCAGGCGCCGGUGGAUAUGGCGGUUACGGCAACAGUCGCGGAGGGUAUCAAGACAACAGAUAUGCACUCCCGCCUCCUCCGCCGCAAGCGUAUCAGGGACAGGGACAGCAGUACGGUCAGGGCGGUGGCCGCGGCGGCUACCAAGGCCAGGGUAACCAGUACAGGGGACCACCGCGUCAGGAUCGCGGAUAUGACAACCGCGGAGGUUACCGCGGCGGUGGAUAUCGUGGCGGCGGUGACAACCGGGGGUAUAGGUAAAACUUUACCCCAAAGAGUGCUUGGGACUAGCGGAGGAAAGAGCAGCAUGGCAGUAAAAUGUCAAAGCGGAGUUGAUCAAGGACAUGUUUUUGUCGUCAUUUUCUUGUCUUGAUUGUAUAGAUCGGUUUUCAUCUCGAGCUGGUUAUUGGUUUCAAUGUCAAAUCAAAAGUUGGUAAACUUGCACUUCAAAACAUGUACAUCAUUGCUGGUAGUAUAAGACCGAAGGGCCG